CAGUGCUGAUUUGCAGACAGAUUCUGAUUGUGCCUGGUUCUACCUACAUAACCGUCUGCUAGACGUAUGCUUCCAAUGCAUCGCACCAGCUGAAGAUCUCCACUGCCUGGGUCACGAUAUAGACACAGACUUAGCUACACAUCAUGGGUUCCAGGCUUAAACAAAACCCAGAGCGAACCUUCCACUGGUUCUUUGAAGCAGCUUGCCCAAUUGCAAGAGAUAAAGAUCCACAUGUGCUAUUUCAGUUUCCGGAGAACUUUGACGAUGAGGAUUCAUCUCAGACUUUGCCCCGAUUCUGCUUCCCCUAUGACAUAAAGCGUGCUCAGGACGGCGUGGCUGUUCAGCACUUCACUGUUGUCCUGACUGACCUGGAGGGUUGCCAACGGUUUGGCUUCUGCCGCCUCAACAGCUCUUGCAAGACCUGCCUCUGCAUUCUCAGUUAUCUUCCAUGGUUCGAGGUGUUUUACAAACUCCUAAAUAAUCUGGCUGAUUACCUUACAAAAGGGCAGACCAAUGAGAUGAAAGAUCUGCUGGCAACACUGUACAAGCAGUCCAUACCAUUAACUGCUGGAUCUGUCACUCUGCAGAUGGGAGAGCAGCUAGUGGUUAGUACAGAGGGGUCCCUCCUUGAUGGACAAAGAGGCAGGCAGAAGGGGGUACCAUACUUCAUCGCUCCAGACCCCAGAGGCCUUCCUUCCAUCCCUGAGAGUAGAAAUCUGACGGAGCUAAUGGUGGCAGUGGAUGUGCGGAAUCUGCUCCAGCUCUACGCCAGCAUUCUGUUUGAGAGACGGAUCCUCAUAUUUGCAAGCAAACUGAGCACUUUGGCGGCCUGUGUCCAUGCCCUGACGGGGAUUCUCUACCCGAUGCACUGGCAACACAUCUUCAUCCCCGUCCUGCCCGCUCACCUGCUGGACUACUGCUGCGCACCAAUGCCCUACCUGAUAGGGGUCCACGCCAGUCUCAUGGAGAGAGUGAGAUGUCGUGGAUUGGAGGAAGUUGUUAUUCUCAAUGUAGAUACAAACACUUUGGAAAGCCCGUUUGAUGACCUGAAGAAGAUACCUUCUGACGUGAUGUCGGAGCUCAAAGUGUGUUUGAAACGUUAUGCAGCUUCUCCCGGCUGUGGUGUAGCCAGAGCUUUCCUCAGAGCUCAGGCUCUGCUGUUUGGGGGCUACAAGAACGCACUGCAGCAAAACCAGGAAGGCACAGUGUGGUUUUGCGAGGAGCUGUUUUUAGACCACAGUUGCUCUAGCAUGAAGCAGUUCCUGCAGAGUGCAGUUCAUUUACAGUUCUUCAAACAGUUUAUCGAUUCUCGUCUGGAGCAACUGAAUGAAGGUCAAGAACCAGAUGACCUCUUUGAAGAACAAAUACACCGUGAAACAGUAACAGGGACAAAGAAAUCCUAUCAAGAGUUUGUUGGUAGUCUGAAGAAAGGAGGAGGUGCACUCAUCAUCACUAUGAGGUCCAAGGCCAACAUAACGGCCAAAGGCUUAACCAAGCCCAGAUUUAAGAACAUACUUCACACGGAGGAGCAAGGUACGGAAUGCCCCCUACAGAGAGGGGGAUCUGUCUCACAGCGCCGCAACAAGUCUGAAUUUCUGCAAUGGCGUUUGCCAAUCACACAACACUUUGGAACGCCCCGCCCCCGCCGGCCUGCACAGAAGCACAGGACUCCCAGAAGUAGUGAAAAGGCAGCAGACACACAAGUCAACUGGCAAGGGUUAGCCGCUGAGCCGUGCCCUGAGCUUGAGAGAGAUGAAAUAGGAGAGGAUGAUUCACUGCUCUGUGACCCAGAGGAGAUGGACCUCCUGGGGGAGAUCUUUGAAACUCUCAGCUCCCGGAGCACUCGUGAGCAUGGCCUGCUGUAUGGAACACGCAGCCUGGAUUUAUUUGGACCCGACAGCCAUGACUUCAUCAUGAAGGACCGCCUUGCCACGCCGAGCCAGGAAAGUCUUUCUCUGUCCAUCAGUGGCAGUGAAAGCUUGCACAGCUGGACUCUCGAAGAGACAUUACAGACCGCAGAAGAGGAAUCAGUAUCACCAAUGGAUUUGGAAUUGCUUUGCCCAAAUCCUGAAUGGAAGGCAGACAAAGAGGUGAAGCCCUUCAUGUGUACACUGGAAGAUCAAGGAAGAAUUAGAGCUAAUCCAAAUAAACAGGAAGAGGAAGAUAUUCAAGGGCAGAGAGGGAAUGAAAUUGUGGAGAAACAGAGAGAGACAGAUGCAGGGAACAACACCGACGUAGAGACGGGUCAGGGUGAAGACGUUCCAGAGAGAGGGGCAGGGAAGCAAACAGGGGACUCUGUUGAAACGCAGACAGAUGGAUUAGAGGAAAUGAUUCAGGAAGUCAAUCUGAACAAUGAGGGUACAGAGAUAGGACCUUUACAGAGAACAAGACUAGGACUGUGCACAGAGUCCGAUGUUAGCCCGGAACUUGUUGAGAACCAGAAUCAGGACAUGACCAACCAAGAGAUCAGCAUUUAUGUUGGGGAGAAGAAUGACCUGAUGAGCCCAGACUUUCAAUCUACCAGAACAACCUCCCUCGCGACAGGAAAACAACAAUCCCCAGCCGAUCAAAGUGUCAUGUUGCAGAAACAAAGCCAGACCAAGCUUUGGAGAUCGCUUAACUCAAAUAACCCACCCUGUGUGCAGGACAAUCUAAUUGAAUGCACAGAGGGGGAGCUGAAAGCAGUGAAAGUCUCUGAGCUGAAGAAAAGAUUUGAGGCAUGAUUGACAGGGAACAGACUGGCUGAAGAACAUAAAACAAAUACUUUCUUUUGCAUAAUUCACUGGACCCAAUGCAGAAUGUCUUCGGAACAGGGACUUGGCUCACCGAUGCUAAAAAUGACUUAAGAACCACUUCCAUAUCCUCAACACUUGAAGACCAUAUAGGACACUGUUUUCUCCCCGAGAUGGUUACAAAAUACAUUGUACAUCCAACAAAAUAGAUUUAUAUUUAUUUUGUAUUAAAUCAUUGUUAUGAGCUCAACAUCAAAGUGCAUCAUGGUAAACUUCAGUGCCUCUUUCUCUAGAAUCUCUCUUCAUAAAUGUUUUUAUAAAUAUAAAGAUCACACCAUGUUUUACAUAAAUAACGGUACUUCCAUUGUACAAAUAAAAAAGAAAAUACUUAAAGGUC